AUGAGGGCUAAUACUAUUUCGUUGAUCUUUCCAGGUGUCUUUCUGCUAGGUAUCGCUGCAAUUCCUGUGGAUGAUCCAUCUCCACAUGAACUACAGUAUCCUGGUCUUGGGUCUGAAGAUGAAAUGCACCCAAGUCGGAUUUCCCAUAUGAGACGAAGGUUGAUUACCGCGACUCAGUCCAAAAACAUUGGUGCUGUUUUUUGCCUGCAAAAUAGUCCUAUCCGUGGUUUAUCCGACACAACGUUCUGGCGCAGUGUAAAUCCCUGGAUCAAAGCCCAAUCAAAGAGAGAAACAGAUCUUUGCGAAGUUGCACCUCAUUCAUGCACCACCAUCAAAUGCAAUGAGGGAAAUACAAUCUUCAUCUGUUCUGACAAUGAUGAGAUCAUAAGACCAGUGUGCUCGGACUUGGCAUUAUAUCUUCAAAAGAUCGUGGAUGAAUGCAGCAUCUAUGUAAAGGGGGCCGGUGUGAAAACCCGGCGUGUUGGUGGGCAGGUUUUUGAUGACCGCGGAUUUAAUGUUGUUAUGGGUUACAGCAAAGAUUGCUUGGAAGUAUCUGCGCCAUAG